UUGGACUCUCUGUUCUGGACUCUGUGUUGGACUCUCUGUUCUGGACUCUGUGUUGGACUCUCUGUUCUGGACAUGGACUUCCUGGGUCUGUGUGUCCUCCUGACAGCGGUGUGUGGACUCCGGGCCACUCGACACAUUUCUCCCGAUGGUGUUCGUUGUCAGUGUAACGGCAGAUCUCGUUACUGUUUGUGGGAUGAUAAGGGUCUGCACUGUGUCGACUGUCAGGGAAACACCGAGGGACGGCACUGUGAGAGCUGUAAGGCUGGCUUCUACCAGCAGGUGGCGGGACAGAGCUGUGUUCCUUGUAGCUGCGACCCCACAGGUUCUGUCAGUAACACAUGUGACAGCAGGGGGCGCUGCAGCUGCCGAGAUGGUGUGCAGGGAGACAAAUGCAACAUACAGAGACGUCAGAUCAGAGAGGAUUCUGGGAGCCAGACUCCGCUCUGUUUCUGUUACGGCCACAGCAGCAGCUGUUCUGCAUCGUCGGGUUACUCCGCCCACAACAUCAGCUCCACCUUCCAACAUGGUACCGAUGGCUGGACUGUGGCCUCAUCUCAUGGUGUCAGACCUUCAGAUGUUCACUUCCGCUGGUCUCCAUCUCAUGGAGACUUGGAGGUGAUUUCUAAGAACAGUCUGCCAGUUUACCUGUACGCUCCAGAUCAGUUCCUGGGGAACCAUUUGUUCAGUUAUGGUCAGAACUUGUCUUUUUCAUUGCGUCUGGAUCGGGGUGUACGACACCCAUCUACCAAUGAUGUCAUCCUGGAGGGGGGGGGGCUGAAAGUCUCCGCCUCCUUGGGUGACUUGCGCUCUAUCGUUCCCUGUGGACAGAAAAUUCACUACAGUUUCAGGUUGGACGAGCAGCCCAGCAGCAGGUGGCGGCCUCAGUUGUCUUCACUACAGUUUCAAACCUUGUUGCAGAACCUGACAGCCAUCAAGAUCAGGGCCACGUUUGGUGAAAAGGGACGCGCCUACCUGGACAAUGUUCAUCUGACUUCAGCACAGCGCAGUAAUGGCGUGCCCGCAGCCUGGGUUCGGACCUGCAUCUGUCCAAAGGGGUACGAGGGCGAGUUCUGUCAGCACUGCUCAGCCGGCUUCAGACGCCGAGUUCCAGCAGAUGGCGCCUUCAGCACCUGUGAACCCUGUAACUGCAGUGGCGGCAGCUGCGACCAGCUCACUGGAGACUGUUACUCUGCUGACGAGACUCACCAGGACCACAGCUGUGCUCAGGGAUUCUACCGGGACUUUUGGAAAAUCUGCGUCAAGUGUCCUUGUCCACAGGGUGUGUCCUGCUUCCUGCCUGCUGGAUCCCUGGAGCCUCAGUGCUACCACUGUCCCAUUGGUACCACAGGUAAGACCAAGGCCGUGACACACCAUCAGUCGGUUGUCGGUCUGAAACCAGCAGCUGUUGGUCCACUGCUGCCUGCGGUGACAGACUUCUCUUCCUCUGCUCCUGCAGAUGGUGUUCGUUGUCAGUGUAACGGCAGAUCUCGUUACUGUUUGUGGGAUGAUAAGGGUCUGCACUGUGUCGACUGUCAGGGAAACACCGAGGGACGGCACUGUGAGAGCUGUAAGGCUGGCUUCUACCAGCAGGUGGCGGGACAGAGCUGUGUUCCUUGUAGCUGCGACCCCACAGGUUCUGUCAGUAACACAUGUGACAGCAGGGGGCGCUGCAGCUGCCGAGAUGGUGUGCAGGGAGACAAAUGCAACAUACAGAGACGUCAGAUCAGAGAGGAUUCUGGGAGCCAGACUCCGCUCUGUUUCUGUUACGGCCACAGCAGCAGCUGUUCUGCAUCGUCGGGUUACUCCGCCCACAACAUCAGCUCCACCUUCCAACAUGGUACCGAUGGCUGGACUGUGGCCUCAUCUCAUGGUGUCAGACCUUCAGAUGUUCACUUCCGCUGGUCUCCAUCUCAUGGAGACUUGGAGGUGAUUUCUAAGAACAGUCUGCCAGUUUACCUGUACGCUCCAGAUCAGUUCCUGGGGAACCAUUUGUUCAGUUAUGGUCAGAACUUGUCUUUUUCAUUGCGUCUGGAUCGGGGUGUACGACACCCAUCUACCAAUGAUGUCAUCCUGGAGGGGGGGGGGCUGAAAGUCUCCGCCUCCUUGGGUGACUUGCGCUCUAUCGUUCCCUGUGGACAGAAAAUUCACUACAGUUUCAGGUUGGACGAGCAGCCCAGCAGCAGGUGGCGGCCUCAGUUGUCUUCACUACAGUUUCAAACCUUGUUGCAGAACCUGACAGCCAUCAAGAUCAGGGCCACGUUUGGUGAAAAGGGACGCGCCUACCUGGACAAUGUUCAUCUGACUUCAGCACAGCGCAGUAAUGGCGUGCCCGCAGCCUGGGUUCGGACCUGCAUCUGUCCAAAGGGGUACGAGGGCGAGUUCUGUCAGCACUGCUCAGCCGGCUUCAGACGCCGAGUUCCAGCAGAUGGCGCCUUCAGCACCUGUGAACCCUGUAACUGCAGUGGCGGCAGCUGCGACCAGCUCACUGGAGACUGUUACUCUGCUGACGAGACUCACCAGGACCACAGCUGUGCUCAGGGAUUCUACCGGGACUUUUGGAAAAUCUGCGUCAAGUGUCCUUGUCCACAGGGUGUGUCCUGCUUCCUGCCUGCUGGAUCCCUGGAGCCUCAGUGCUACCACUGUCCCAUUGGUACCACAGGUCCCAACUGUAACAUCUGUCAGGAAGGUUACUACGGCACCCCCUGCAGACCAUGCCAGUGUAAUGGUCACAUUGACAUCAGUGUGGCAGGAAGCUGUGACCAACAGAGUGGCGAGUGUCUGAAGUGCAUGAACAACACUAGAGGGCAACACUGCGAGAUGUGUCUAAAUGGAUUCUACCACAACCGAGCAACUGACGUCUGCAAACCCUGUAACUGUGACUUUCACGGUUCAGAGUCUCGUCAGUGUGACGACUUUGGCCUCUGUCGCUGCCGGGCGGGGUUCGAGGGCGACAGAUGUCAGCGGCUCAGCUGCCCGUCCUGCUUCAGCCCCAUUAAAACACAGGUGGACAGUUUGUCUGACAGGCUGAAGCAGUUGGAGACUCGAGCUGCACAACUGGACGGAGGUUGGACGUCGGAUGCGACGGAGGCCGCGGUGAAAGCAGCAGAGCAGCUGCUGAACAAACUGGAGGACAACAGCGGGGAGCUGAGAGAAAUAGAGAAGAACCUGCAGGGCCGCCUGUCGACCAUCAGCAGGGGUCAGCUGCUGGAGGGCCAGAACCUCCAGAACUUAGACAGUGAUGUGGACGUCCUCAGACUGAAGCAGGAGAAGCUGAACGCGGAGGAGGCGGAAGUUCUGACGCUACUGACGGAGAUGAGACGUAAACUGGACGAAGCCAAAUCCAAACUCAACCUUAUAGAGUUUCCUGCGGGAGACGCUGUUCCUUCUUCAGGCAUUUUCUCAUCUCUUCUGAAAACAGCAAAACAUCUGGCUGAUAGACACCAGGGCACAGCAGACACGGUGGAGGAAACUAGCGACUCUGCUCUGAAGGACUCAGAGCAGAGUCUGGUUCUGGUCCGAGCUCUGAUGAACAGGGAGCAGAAGGUCCAAAAGCAGAUCACAGACCUGGAGACCCUGUUGGACCAGAUCUCAGGUGGGGUGGGGUCUCUGAAGAACCAGGCGGUCAAUGUGAGCAAUCAGGCCAAAGAGGAGAGCAGGAGGUCAGAAGACCUGCUGAAAAGGAUCGCCAAGAUAAACCUCCCCACAUCUCUUAGGGAACAAGUGGUUGCCAUGGUUUCCAGUAAGGACAGUCUGAAGAAGGAUUUGGACCAGGAUGUGUCAGACUUUGAGGUGCUGCAGGACAGAGUCCAACGGAACGUGGCAGCAGGUCAAGACCUGUUAGACCAGGGCAAAGCGGCACAGCAGGAUGCCAAAGAGCUGGUGGAGCGAGUGGGCGUGGCUGAAGUCCAGACAGAGGACGCACUUCUCCGCAUUAACAGCAGCACAAAAGAGCUGGAAGAUAAACUGAAGGAGCUCAGAGGCUUCGACAAACAAAUGAACCACAGCAGAGCGUUAGCCGACGUCACCAUCGCUCGUCUGCCUGAAAUCAACGCCACCAUUCAGGAAGCCAUUAGCGACAACACAGACACACUGUCUGUGCUGGGAAACGUGGGGUCUGACUACAAUGAUGCUCUGGGCCUCAUGGGGGAGCUACAGAGCCUGGUCACUGGUCUAGAGGGAAUGUUGGGAACGUUGCCACCUUAUGGCGACCUUGUAAGCGAUGCCACAAAAUUAAACACGACAGCAAAGGAACUAGAGACAGAAGCAGCUGACCUGAGCAAAACCAUCAAACGAGAGCUCCACCAUGCACAGAAGACAGAGGGCGACGCCGAGCAGGUAGCGCUCAAUGUUGCAGCAGCUGCCAAAAAUGCAAAGCAAGCAACAGAUGCUGUCGGACGGACACUACGGGACAUCAAUGCCCUGCUGGACAACCUGGACAAGCCCGGUGCUACUGUGGACGAGGACCGCCUCAGACAGCUAGAGGAGGCGCUAGCUAAAGCCCAGGUGGAGGUGGACAGCAGUCUGCGUCCUCGUCUGCAGGACAUGGAGCAGCAGGAGAACGCUAUGCGCCGACACCUGGUUGCUGUCAACGUGGACAUCAACAACAUCCAAUGGGACAUCACCAACCUGGAGGACAUUCUGAACACUGUCCCAUCUGGAUGUUUCAACAGCCAGCCCAUAGAGGCGCCCUGAGGUCACGUGACUUUAAAGGUCACCAUGGUGGUGUGAACAGGGGGAGGAAGUGAUGUCGCUGUUGGCUUUUCUUUUCUCUCUAUAUAUCGACAGAAUAAAAAUGUUACUUAUUCACUAACCUAGGGUAGAAUUAUAUAAACAUGGAUCACAAUCACCAGAACUCCAAUCAACUGGAUUCAAACAGAACAACAGCAGACACACAGGGCAGAAGAAGAAGAAUGGGCCGAGGCCAAACGCUGGUCCACACCAGGAACAGACGUCAUUGUUGGACCACAUAUUAGCUCUUCAACAGGGAUACAAGAAGAACACUUUGAUCCAGGUCAACCUGGCCAAAGUUGACCUUUAACCUUUCAGUAGCAAGUCAUUCGAAGAUGGUGACGAUGGAAAAAACACAAACAAUCAAACAAACUGUUUGAUUAAAAAAAAGGAAAUCAAAAAGACUUUGACUGAAAAUGCUCCUGAGUCAAAGACUGGGAUUGGUUUGGAAUAUUUUCUGGGUCUUUUUUUGUUGUGAAUUUACUGUCUGUUAUGAUAACCACAAUGAUAAUGAUGAUGAUGAUGAUGAAGAUGAUGAAGAUAAAAUCAAAACGAUGAUAAA